UGUCAACGCUGUCGCUCGUUUGAUGACGUAGGCUCAGAUCGCAGCACUAACGAACAGAAAAUCUCCACAGCAACAGCAGAUAACUGAGUUAUUACCUUCUGUUACAGUCAACAAGCUUCGUGUUUAAUACGCAUUCCCUUUUAUUUUAAGUCUGGGAGUCGACAAAUCAGAAUCAAGAUGUCGUACAUGCUACCACAUCUCCAUAAUGGCUGGCAGGUUGACCAAGCCAUCCUGUCCGAGGAGGACCGAGUCCUCGUUAUCCGCUUCGGACACGACUGGGACCCGACGUGUAUGAAAAUGGACGAAGUUCUCUACAGCAUUGCUGAAAAGGUGAAGAAUUUUGCAGUCAUUUACCUGGUGGACAUCACAGAAGUGCCUGACUUCAACAAGAUGUACGAGUUGUACGACCCCUGCACCGUCAUGUUCUUUUUCAGGAACAAACACAUCAUGAUCGAUCUGGGCACCGGCAACAACAACAAAAUCAACUGGACGAUGGAGGACAAACAGGAGAUGAUAGACAUUGUUGAGACAGUUUACAGAGGAGCGAGGAAAGGACGAGGUCUGGUGGUGUCUCCAAAGGAUUAUUCAACUAAAUACAGAUACUGAGCUUAUUUUUUCCUUUUUCCUCCUGAUGUUUUGUGACAUGACUCAGAGACUGCGAGUUACAGAAUAUCUUUUUCAACAUUUUUGUUUUUGCCAGUGACACAGGACAAUAUUUUUCGUCUUCAUGAUUGUGUUGCAUAAUUGUGCCAUUUGAGUGUAGAUUAAUGUUUUACUAGUUUCCUCAAUAGAAAUGUUUUUUUUAAACUGCAUUUGUGGGAAGCGGGUGCUUCAGAAACCAGACACAGUGUGAAAGUCCUUUUAUUUAAACACUCAAAUAAACAUGGAUGGAUAUUUA